CGGGCACCGGGCUGCGGACACCGAACUCACGGUCCCAGCGCGGCGGCAGCACCCCCGGGGCCCGGGUGGCAGAAAUGGAAAAUCCUGAAGUGGCCGUGAGCAGCUGCAGUUCUCAUGAUGUUGAAAAUGUUUGCAGCUACAAACGGCACCCAUCAAUAUCGCAGGAGGGGCUUUUGGAAGACCAGCUUAGAAGGAAGUUAAAAUUUUUCUUCAUGAACCCGUGUGAGAAAUUCUGGGCCCGGGGCAGAAAGCCUUGGAAACUUGGGAUUCAGUUACUCAAAAUAGUAAUGGUUACAGUUCAGCUGGUGAUUUUUGGAUUGAGCAACCAAAUGGUGGUAGCCUUCAAAGAAGAGAACACUAUUGCAUUCAAACACCUCUUCUUGAAAGGAUACAUGGACAGAAUGGAUGAUACCUACGCUGUAUACACACAAACAGAUGUCUAUGACCAGAUAUUCUUUGCAAUAAACCAGUACUUACAGCUGCCCAACAUCUCUGUUGGAAAUCAUGCUUAUGAGAAGAGGGGAGCAGAGGAGACAGCUCUGGCCCUUUGUCAGCAGUUCUACAAGCGAGGAAUCAUCUGUCCUGGAAAUGACACCUUUGAUAUAGACCCAGAGAUUGUGACUGACUGCUUGUACAUUGAGCCAAUUACACCGUUAGACAACACAACAGUGGGAAAGCACAAUUUGAAUUUCACUCUGGAUUUCCACAGACUGGUGACCGUGCAGCUCACGUUCAAUCUGAAGGCAAUCAACCUCCAGACCGUUCGUCACCAUGAGCUCCCUGACUGUUACGAUUUCACUUUGAGGAUAGUGUUUGAUAAUAAAGCACAUAGUGGAAGAAUUAAAAUAAGUCUGAACAACGACAUAGCGAUCAGGGAAUGUAAAGACUGGCAUGUUUCUGGAUCAAUACAGAAGAACACUCAUUACAUGAUGAUCUUCGAUGCUUUUGUCAUAUUGACGUGUCUGGCCUCAUUGAUCCUUUGCACACGAUCAGUGAUUAAAGGAAUUCGGCUCCAAAGGGAAUUUGUAAGCUUUUUCCUAUAUUAUUAUAAGAAAGAAGUGCCUUUCAGUGAUCAAAUGGAAUUUGUCAAUGGAUGGUACAUCUUGAUUAUGGUUAGUGAUGUCUUAACUAUUGUUGGAUCAACUCUAAAGAUGGAGAUACAAGCCAAGAGUCUGACAAGUUAUGAUGUCUGUAGCAUACUCCUAGGAACAUCCACCAUGCUUGUAUGGCUUGGAGUCAUUCGCUAUCUAGGUUUCUUUCAGAAGUAUAAUGUAAGGAUCUCCUGGGAUCUUCGUACUGUUGGUAUUUAUUCUGUUUGUUGCUAUAAGGGGACUGGAAGAAGUGUCUGGUUAAAUUCUUACUGUUUGUAUUGCUUUGUGCAGCUUCUCAUCCUAACCCUGCGAGCAGCACUACCCAAUGUAAUGAGGUUCUGCUGUUGUGCUGCUAUGAUCUACCUGGGCUAUUGUUUCUGUGGAUGGAUUGUACUGGGACCAUACCAUGUGAAGUUUCGCUCUCUGAACACAGUUUCUGAAUGCCUUUUCUCAUUGAUCAAUGGAGAUGACAUGUUUGCCACCUUUGCAAAAAUGCAGCAGAAAAGUUACUUGGUUUGGUUAUUCAGCAGGAUCUACCUCUAUUCCUUCAUCAGUCUGUUCAUCUAUAUGGUGCUCAGUCUCUUCAUUGCACUCAUUACAGAUACGUAUGAAACAGUCAAGCACUACCAGCAAGAUGGCUUUCCAGAGACAGAACUUCAGAGAUUUAUAGCACAAUGCAAAGACUUACCGAACUCUGGCAGGUACAGGUUAGAGGAGGAGAGUUCUGCAUCUCUCUUCUGUUGUUGUAAUGGUUGUAGUGAACAUAUUUAAUGGAUUAUGGGAGCGUAUCACAGAGGCUUUAAAGUAGCACACAUUGGAAGAACUGGACAACAGAUCUUCUGGAAAACCUUAUAUCUAAAG